AUGAGCGAGAAGGAAAAGAUGGAGCAGCCGAUCUGGCUAUUCGGUGCUACCUCCGAUAACGUCAUCCUAACAGCUUCGAUGGCGUUCUACAAAAAAUCGGGCCAGUUGAACAGAAAACCAAUCGACUGGGACAACAAAUGGCCAGGUGUCCGUUUGCUCUUAGCCAGACAGACGAAGGACGAAGAGCUUGCGCGAUACACCCCAAAAGGGUUGAUCUUCAUCAAUGAGUGGGGACCGCUUAGACACGCAGCAAAUCAUGCGUUUUUGGCCUUUAUUUCAACAAAACUCGACCUCGACAAUUCAGACGACCUUCUUGACUUUGCAAAGAAGCAAAUGUUCUACAUCUAUGGCGACGGCGGAAGAAGUUACAUAGUCGGCUUUGGAAAGAACUAUCCGACAAAACCUCAUCACAGAUCUUCUAGCUGCCCUGUUUCGCCGCAAGAGUGCGGCUGGGAUGUUGCCGACGACAAAAUGAGCCCGAAUCCAUUGAUACUUUUUGGGGCGCUUGUUGGAGGACCUGAUCGUUUUGACUCCUUCAUAAACAAUAGGAAAAAUCAUCAACAAAGCGAGGUCACACUGAACUACAAUGCGGCUCUUGUCGGAGGAACGGCCGGCCUUCUUUACUACAUCGAUCUCAACUACCUAACGGGAGUAUAA